AUGGACCUCAGGAGUAGUAAUGCAAAUGCCAAAGGUAGUAGCGAUGCAGGACCCUCCAGUAUGGGAGGUAGUGAUUCAGAUGUUGUAUUGUGUAGCGUAGCUCAUCAGGUUAUCGCUGAGAUAGCACAGAGUUCCAUAGAGCAAGUACUGCAUUGCACUGACGAACAAAAAGUUCAGUAUGCAACAUUUAAGCUGAUAGGAGAGGCUGAGCAAUGGUGGUCAGCGGUGAAGCUCCUAGAGGAGCAGAGACUGGUACUUGUAGCACUAACCUGGGGACACUUUAAAGAAAUCUUUUACGACUGCUACUUCCUCACCUCCAUCAGAGAUGCUAAGAUGGAGGAAUUUUUGAAUCUGAUUCAGGGUCAUUUGACAAUGCCACAGUACGCCGCUAAGUUUGUGGAAUUAUCCCGUUUUGCCCCAUUUAUGAUUCCUGAUGAUUUCAGAAAGGCGCAGAGGUUCGAGAGAGGGUUGAGACAAGCAAUCUAUGAGCAAGUGGCAGUUUUGCAGAUACAGGAUUUUUUGGAGCUGGUGGAUAAAACCAUCGUAGUAGAGACAAAUGGGCAAAGGGGUAAAGGGGGACAGAGUUAG